AUGUUCUGUUCCCUGCACUUUGUUUUAUUAGUGGUUGGUGAAGUACCGUCAGAGUUCAUUUUCAGGGCGAUUGCGAACCUACGGCAAUUGAUGUGUGAUCUCAGUAUUGUCUGGUUGAUAUGGGCAAUAGCACAAAUUGUUGGCAUCAAUCUCGUCUUCUAUGGAAUCAAAAAUAUUCGCUGGCGUUUCUUUCUACCCCAUCUUUUGUUACGAGUUCUCGGCACCGGUGUGCUUGGCUGCCUUGUCGCCAUACUGACAUUUUCGGCAGUAACCGAGCAAGACAACUCAGCUCACAUCAUUGGCCUGGUCUUCAUCGCACUUCUUGUUGUUUUUUGGAUAUACGCCACGAUUACUGAAUGCUGGUGCGCACAUUUCGUGAAGCGAUCACAGGAGACAGGAUUUUCAAUCUCGGUAGCUCGACCUAUAGGGCCAGCCACCAUAUCACUCAGCGAAAGGGAAGCACCUGCUUCGCCACCAACACGACAAUUACCACCCUUACGUCACACCUAUGGAGGACGACGAGAUCCACAGAAAUAUGCCCAAUAA